UUCACUCAUAUUUUUGAAUACGGAUUAUUGCAUUUUUUUUUGACCCACCAAUGACCCGUCAAAAACAGAUACAUGAAUAUUUUGAACGAAGAGACUCCUUGGUGAGUACAAUGUCGAACCAUUUAGACGAAAGGUAAAUUGCUACCUUUCCUUCCUUGAGAAUAUCGCAAAUACAGAAGAAGGUCGAAGGUCGAAGACAGAAAAAAGCACAACAAUUACUUAAUAAUUACAGGCAGGCAAGUAUUUACUUAUUUACUUUCUGCGUAAAAAAGAAGAAUAAGUGGCAUGAGGACCCUUCGAGCUUGUCUGUGUUCAAGUCUUUCAAGCCGACCCGCCAGAACACAGAUUUGUCUGAUGUUCAGUCGUUCAGUCUCGAUCCUGCCUGGCGGGAUGGAAUCAAGCGAAAUUCUGUAUUCAAUACUUUCAAGCCGACCUGACACUAGCCCCUCCAGAACACAGAUGACCCAUCGGGCUUGUCUGAUGUUAAGCUUCGAGGCAACCGUGGACACAGAUGACCCAUCGACUUAUCUGAUGUUCAGUCUCGAUCCUGCCUGGCGGGAUGGAAUCAAGACCUUUCUAAAUUUUUCUUUGAGGGAGCAUAAACCGGCCGACAUUUAUCAACCGAUACUCAAGAGUGGAGGGAAUAACAUUAUUAUAAACGGAACUACUGACGGUGGAACUUUCAAUUCCGGACCAUCUGAAAAAAAAAGAGAUCGCUUGGAGUGUAGGAUAACUUUAGAGCGAAGACCACUUUUUUAUCUAACAGUUCAUAACCACAAUUGUAAUCUUUUUGUAGAUAAUAUUUUCGCUUUCGUUCUCAGUAUUUACGUGAAAGAUUGUAGAAAUACUAAGAUAAAUAAAAAAAAGUUGCGUCAAAGAACAUAUUGUAUACGAUAUUUAAAUUUUUAAAGAUUUAUUCAGAUACAAAUUAAAAUUAAUCAUAACAAUUAAUAUAUUUGUUCCUUUACAUUCUUCUAAUUUUAUACAACUGAAGAAGUAAGAGAUUUUUAUAUUGUCUUUUCACUUUAAAGUCCAAUUCUGUCAUUAGUAUAAUUGGUAUUAGAACAUAUGUCACAUCUAUGCUUGAAUGUAUUUAAUAAGAAUCCUACUCUUGAUGG